GCGCGCAGCCGCCGCCGCCGCCGCCGCCGCCGCCGCCGCCGCGCGAGGAGCCAGGAUGGUCCUGGUCCACGUCGGCUAUCUCGUGCUUCCAGUGUUUGGCUCUGUGCGAAACAGAGGUGCCCCCUUUCAAAGGUCUCAGCAUCCUCACGCUACCUCCUGCCGCCACUUCCACCUGGGCCCCCCGCAGCCGCAGCAGCUGGCCCCCGACUUCCCCCUGGCGCACCCCGUGCAGUCGCAGCCGGGCCUCAGCGCCCACAUGGCCCCGGCCCACCAGCACAGCGGCACCCUGCACCAGUCGCUGACUCCGCUGCCCACCCUGCAGUUCCAGGACGUCACAGGUCCCUCCUUCCUACCUCAGGCCCUGCACCAGCAAUACCUCCUGCAGCAGCAGCUCCUGGAAGCCCAGCACCGCAGGCUCGUCUCGCACCCGAGGCGGAGUCAGGAGCGUGUGUCUGUCCACCCCCACCGCCUCCACCCCAGCUUCGACUUCGGCCACCAACUCCAGACGCCUCAGCCCAGGUAUCUGGCUGAGGGUACUGACUGGGAUCUCAGCGUGGACGCCGGCUUGAGCCCUGCCCAGUUCCAGGUGCGGCCCAUCCCUCAGCACUAUCAGCAUUACCUAGCGACUCCUCGAAUGCACCACUUUCCCAGAAACUCCUCCUCCACGCAGAUGGUGGUCCAUGAAAUCCGAAACUACCCUUACCCUCAGCUUCACUUCCUUGCUCUCCAGGGACUGAACCCCAGCAGACACACCUCUGCAGUGCGGGAGAGCUACGAGGAGCUGCUGCAGCUUGAGGACAGGUUGGGAAAUGUGACUCGGGGAGCCGUACAGAACACCAUCGAGAGGUUCACCUUCCCCCACAAAUACAAGAAGGUGCGUCUGCAAGCAGCGAAGACCCCAGGAUGGCAAGGGCAAGAAGGAAGAGGGGGAGGAGUCAGACACAGAUGAGAAAUGCACAAUUUGCCUGUCUAUGCUGGAAGAUGGAGAAGAUGUGAGGCGCCUCCCCUGUAUGCACCUCUUCCACCAACUGUGUGUGGACCAGUGGCUCGCCAUGAGCAAGAAAUGUCCCAUCUGCCGAGUGGACAUUGAGACACAACUGGGAGCCGACAGCUGAGGGAGGAAUUAGCCAGUGGACACCCCAUUUUCCUUCACCAGGUCCCCCCCACGGCCAUAGCCCUUGCAGCCAAACUUUGCCUUCUGAGCCAUUUGAUGUAGAGGAAAAGCCUGCAAGCACAUUUUGUGGAAAGAGGAGUUGGCGGUAUCAGUGUCUGAGGGAAAGGAGGGGUGGGGGGGCGACCCCCCCCAUCCAGAGCGGUGACUGCCCCCAUCCACCUCGCUGCGCGGGAGGGAGCUGGCCGUGCCCGGAGCAGGGGUGGGAAGGGGGGGCCCACGCUGCUGAGAAUCUGGACGCGAACUGGAAGGUCCUAGCUGAUAGACAGGCCCCUCAAUCCUGUCCUUUGAAGGAUUGUGUAUAUACCUCUCGACCACGUAGAAACCAUGUAGGGGUCUCUAGCUAUUUCUGUGGAUGGCAGCCGGAGCAUGUUAGCUUAAGAAAAAUGUUGUGUGUGGUGCUCUAGUCAUCUUGUGGUGGACAUGUCGCUAUUACGAAUUCGCACCAAAUAUUUCUCAUUGAGUUCCUUGUUUUGGUGCCUGACUGAACCAACCAACGACAGCCCAAAUCUUCCCAUCUUUAUGAGAAAAAAGGAAAAAGGAA